AUGUCGUCGAUAUCGACUUUGGAGUUUGUGUGGGAGCAUAUACCGUUGUACGAGGGUGACUGGACCGAACCAUCUUUCUGCUGGCAAGUUGCUAAAACGAAUAAACUCGAGUUGCUCAAGUGGAUACGAGAGGAGAAACAGUGUGAGUGCGAUGAAUGGACGAUUGAUGCGGCCGCACGUCAAGGUAAUCUGGAAAUGGUAAAGUAUUGCGUUGCAAAUAAGUGUCCUCUCGGUUACGGAGCGUGUGAGUUUGCUGCCAGAAAUGGUCAUCUCGAGAUGCUCAAAUACUUACGCGAAGAAGCCAAAGCGCCGUGGGAUUCUGAUACUGCCGCUUGGGCGGCUUUAAAUGGUCAUCUUCAUAUACUCGAAUAUCUUGUUGAGCGUAAGUAUGAUGAAUAUGACAAAGAUGCGUGUAUGUUGGCGGCCAAGUCCGGCCACUUAGACUGUUUGAAGUACUUGCGCGAAACAGCCAAAGCGCCUUGGAACUGUAACGCCGUAUACUCCGCGCACAAGAGAAUCCAACCCGAAUGUGUACAAUACCUCCUCAACAACAACUGUCCUCUCCCACCUGGCUGGCGAUACGAGCACGGAGAGUUACACGUGCCAUAA